GGCGGGCUGAGGGCGCUCGGAGCCGGUAGGAGGAGAAGGAGGAGGUGGAGGAGGAGGAUGGCGCUGGGGAUGGCCGCGGCGGUGAGUGAGCCCCGGUGCCCGUCGGCCCCCGCCCCGGCGGCGGGGCAGGUGCAGGCCUCCCCCGAGCUCACCGCCGCGCCCCCCGCUCCAUCCUUCCCCCCUUCUCUCCCCGCUGCAGCUCUAGCAGGAGGCGGCGCGGGCACGCGUGGAUGCGCUCUCCGGCCCCCGGGCGAGCCGGCCCCGAGGUCUAAUAAUACAAUGUCAACUGGAAGGGUACGAACAAAGAAAAAGGCAUGUUCUUCAGACCAGUCUCCAGACAGCCUUCCUCUGAGGAGUUCUGGAAGACAGGUGAAGAAGAAAGCAGCCGAGGCAACAGAUGAUGAUGAUGAUGCAUCAGAAAAGAAAUAUAGGAAAUGUGAAAAAGCUGGAUGCACUGCAACGUGUCCCGUUUGCUUCGCCAGCGCAGCCGAAAGAUGUGCUAAAAAUGGGUAUACGUCUAGAUGGUAUCAUCUUUCCUGUGGGGAGCACUUCUGCAAUGAAUGUUUUGACCACUACUACCGAAGCCAUAAAGAUGGUUAUGAGAAAUAUACUGCCUGGAAACGGAUUUGGACAAGUAAUGGGAAAAGUGAGCCCAGCCCCAAAGCCUUCAUGGCUGAUCAGCAGCUUCCUUAUUGGGUGCAGUGUACAAAGCCAGAGUGUGGUAAAUGGCGUCAGCUGACAAAGGAAAUCCAGCUGACACCACAAAUAGCAAAAACGUACAGAUGUGGUAUGAAACUAAACAAUUCCACCAAGACGGAGGGCUCAGACCAAUGUUCCAUGCCUGAGGACUUGAGAGUGGCUGAAGUUUCAGACCAUUGGUGGUACUCCAUGCUCAUACUCCCUCCUUUGCUGAAAGACAGUGUGGCAGCUCCCUUUCUAGCUGCAUAUUAUCCAGACUGCGUGGGCAUGAGUCCAUCCUGUACCAGCACUAAUCGUUUACCUGGUGAAUCCAACCUUGUGAAGUUAGAGCACUUAAAGAGCGUGCCUAAUUUGACUGUUGCAGGAAUGAACAAAUAUUUCCAGCCUUUUUACCAGCCCAAUGAAUGUGGGAAAGCACUUUGCGUGAGGCCAGAUGUCAUGGAACUGGAUGAGCUCUAUGAGUUCCCAGAAUAUUCAAGAGAUCCUACCAUGUAUUUGGCCUUGAGAAACCUGAUUUUGGCUCUGUGGUACACAAACUGCAAGGAGGCUCUUACCCCUCAGAAAUGUAUCCAUCAUAUAAUUGUUCGAGGGCUCGUGCGUAUUCGCUGUGUACAGGAAAUGGAGAGGAUACUGUAUUUUAUGACAAGGAAAGGGCUAAUUAAUACAGGGAUUUUAUCAGUCAGUGCUGACCAGUAUCUUCUUCCUAAAGAAUACCACAACAAAUCUGUCAUUAUUGUUGGGGCUGGUGCAGCAGGAUUAGCAGCAGCCCGACAGCUACACAACUUUGGAAUUAAGGUCAUUGUCUUAGAAGCUAAAGACAGAAUUGGUGGCCGAGUGUGGGACGAUAAGACAUUCACAGGCGUCACUGUUGGGAGAGGUGCACAAAUCGUCAAUGGAUGUGUCAACAACCCAAUGGCGCUAAUGUGUGAGCAACUUGGCAUUAAAAUGCACAAACUAGGGGAGAAAUGUGACUUGAUCCAGGAAGGUGGAAGGAUAACAGAUCCCACUAUUGAUAAACGUAUGGACUUUCAUUUCAAUGCCAUCCUAGAUGUUGUCUCUGAGUGGAGAAAAGAUAAAACCCAACAUCAAGAUGUUCCUCUUGGUGAGAAAAUACAAGAGAUCUAUAAAGCCUUUAUUCGGGAGUCUGGUAUCCAGUUCAGUGAGCUGGAAGAGAAAGUACUACAGUUCCAUCUCAGUAAUUUGGAGUAUGCCUGUGGCAGCAAUCUCUCUCAGGUAUCUGCACGCUCAUGGGACCAUAAUGAGUUUUUUGCUCAGUUUGCUGGAGAUCACACUCUUCUAACUGUGGGAUAUUCCACUGUCAUUGAUAAGUUGGCUGAAGGGCUGGACAUCCGGUUAAAUUUCCCAGUACAGAGUAUUGACUAUUCUGGUGAAGAAGUACAGGUCACUACUGCAGACGGAACUGUGUGGAGAACACAAAAGGUAUUAGUGACGGUACCACUGGCCCUUCUUCAGAAAAAUGCCAUUCAGUUCAAUCCUCCACUGUCAGAAAAAAAAAUUAAAGCUAUUAAUAGUUUGGGAGCAGGAGUCAUUGAGAAGAUUGCACUGCAGUUUCCUUAUAGAUUUUGGGACAGUAAAAUUCAAGGUGCUGAUUUCUUUGGUCAUGUUCCACCCAAUUCCAGCCAACGUGGACUAUUCAGUGUUUUCUAUGACAUGGAUCCAGAGGGCAAACAAAGCAUUUUAAUGUCAGUGGUCACUGGAGAUGCUGUGACAACCAUUAAGAAUUUAGAUGACAAACAAGUACUACAACAGUGUAUGACUGUACUUCGAGAGCUGUUUAAGGAGCAGGAGGUUCCUGACCCAGUGAAGUUCUUUGUUACUCGAUGGAGCAAAGACCCUUGGCUCCAGAUGGCAUAUAGUUUUGUAAAAACAGGAGGCAGCGGUGAAGCUUAUGACAUUAUAGCUGAAGAUAUACAAGGAACAAUUUUUUUUGCUGGAGAGGCCACAAAUAGGCACUUUCCUCAGACCGUUACAGGAGCUUACUUGAGUGGGGUUCGAGAAGCCAGCAAAAUAGCAGCAUUUUAAUUAUGGAUUUUUUGUGCUUAUAGAUAUGUUUUUAAUUGUUUUCUGUGGGUAAAACUAUCUUCAAGUUUCCUAUCUGCUGCCUUUUUCCCAAGUGGUACUUCAAUAGUAUAUGGUACCUGAAGAUAAAAUCUUCAUCUUCCUUUUCCUAUUUUUUUUUUUUUUGUUUCCCCUUUUAAGCCCUAAUGAUACGUAUUGUUGGGUUGGUUUUUUUUUUUCCAGCUAAAAUAUUACUAGCAAGAGUGACAUCGGAGUCUCUGGCCACAGCUUAACUGAUGGAACUUUUGUUGCGAGUCCUUUUCUGUGUGGCUUAAGUCAUGAUAUUGUAGACCUUCUUUUCAGAAGGUCAUAUUAAAGCAAGAUGAAGUUAACAUACAGCAUUAAAAAUGCUGGCAGUUAGUAAAGGGAGAAUGGGAGUUUUCCACUAACUGUGCUUCUCAGGUUGAUUAUGCUCAGAGGAGUUCAAACUUGCUCCCAAAAGCCUGAAUAACCCAGACAAACUCUAGAAUUACUGUAGGAAGGCACUCAGCUAUCAUUCUUUCUACUUGCAAUCAGUGACCUCUUCUACAGUACUUCUCAUAUUCUUAGCCUCCAACACCCAGGCUUUGGAAUACCAAGUUUGUUCCUUUAAAUCAGACUGCUGGAACAGUUUACAGUGCAAUCAUAGGUUAUUGUAGCUAAUAAAAACUUGAAAGUAAAAAUUAACUUUUGCAUUACUUUAAAACCAACUUUGAAAUAUUCUCCCUGUUACUUAAUUCAGAGAAAUCCUUGUUACAGUAGGCUAAGUUUAGAUUUGCUUAGUGCUUCUGAUCAUGUAGAAAAAGGAUAGCUUGAAAAUACUCUAUUUCUAAGAUUAUUUUGAAAAAAACCUCCAAAUUCAUUUGGGCUGAGUAGAGGAACUAAUUAUUGCUAUGAGUUCAUAGUGCGGGGGAAAAAAGAACUGUAAGUUCCUAACAGCUCAUUCAGCUUUCAUAUUUAAAAAAUAAGUGAAGAUGAAUGAGGAAAAAUAUUAACACUUUAUGAAGGGCUGAAACAAGGUGGCAUGCACUUUGAAGUUUUUUUUUCUUUUGUUAUUAAAGUAUUAUUAAAAACAACUUAUGGGAGUUAUUCAGUAAGGGCUAAGCAUCUAUCUAAUAGUUUUUCCACGGGACGGGGAAGACAAAGUAUUUUUCAGUAGAAAUAAGACAGGCACGACCAGGAUAUCUGUUGUAAUACUGUUCCUCUCAAAUGGUAUUCAUGGGAAACAAAAAUGAAAACCAACUUUUAGUUCUGUUCCGCCAUACCUUCCCUGUAACUUUACUGCCUCGUGUUUUCUGGAAGGAUAGUGAGCACUUACUCUUCUUCCCCCUUCCUGUUAUGUUUUGAUCUCUCCAUGUAAGUGUGACACAGCAAGCUUUUUUAGCUUUUACAGUGCUUAUUUCCAUAAUGCUGUAUCACUAGAAAAAACAAAAGCAACGUUAAGAGAAAUCCUACUGAAUAAAUGCAAUUCUUCUUUUUAAAUACCUAAUAAUUUGUUUUUAGAGCAGCAAUGAUAUCGUUGAAUAUCUUUAUUUAAUCUCUAAUUUACAAGGUGAAGAUGUUUAUAUAACUAGAUGUUUUUCAGAUAUAUAUUCUGUUCUGCUUCUUAAAGCUGAAUUAUGCGGAUUCAUAGGAAAAGCGUAACUGUUCGUAAUUUUUCUCUACAUAAAGGCUAGUAUGUACAGUUUUAAAAGUAUUUCCAAAUAUUAAAUUGUAAUUUAAAGGCUAUAAGAAGCAAGACAAAAUCCUUUGAUAAAAGAUAAUCAAACAUCAGAUUUUGCUUUUGGUAAUUAUUUGCACUUUGUUCGUUCCAUAUAUUACAGGCUCACUUAUAGCUUAACUAGGAAAGACUGAGAGCUGUAUGUCUUUGAGUUCCAAGUUUCUUUCCUAGUUUCUCAUGUACGAGGUGGUGGAGUCGCCAUCCUUGGAAGCGUUCAAGACAAGGGUAGAGAUGGCAGAGAGGGAUGUGGUUAAGUGGGCACGGGUGAUGGGAUCUCGGUGGUCUUUUCCAACCUUAAUGAUUCUGUGAUCCUAAACAAGCUUAAUGCUACGAGCUCAAAACAUUAAUUCAACUCGACGGCUGCUUCAGCUGACCUCGGUCAAAACUUCAGUCAGCUUCAUAACAAAUCGCGUAUUUAAGUAAAAAACUGCCUGGAAGGAUGAACGCAGCUUCAUUUCUACAGCUGAACAGUUUGCAUGAACGUGCUUAUUUCAGGCAUGCGCUUCCAUCCUGUUGAUUUGUUCUUGGGGUUUUAAACCUCCCUCUAACUUGGCAGGCAGAUAAAUGAUACUCGAGAGAAUAGAGGACGUGAACGAAUACUAUCACAUUUGGCUUCAGCUGCUGCACACUUCUUAUAGCAUUAAAAAAAUAAGAAAUGAUAAAUUUAUCAAUGGCUAUUAAUUAUUUGUAUAUUAUUUUUGUGCUAAGGCACUUAAAUAGUGUUGCGCUGCACUUAAGUUUGAGGAGUAAAUAAAAAUAAAUAUGUUCCACUUUAGCUUAUGUUCAUUUGAGAUACGUAAGAACAUCAGGCUGGUUCUGAGGCUUCAUUCUUAAUUAAUGCUCCCCCGGUUUUCUUUUUUAAAUACUUAUGUCAAAUUUUAUUUCAGGCAUGUAUGUGUUUUUAUUUUCGUGUUUAAUUUAUUCCCUGCAAAUAAAGAACUAGGGAAUGUUUUAUUUGAGCAGAUUUGUUUAAAUGUUAUCAAACAUAUUUGAAUGCAGAGCAUGAUCUGUUACACUUCAGUUCUUCUGUGUGACUAUGUUAUGGCAGCAGAAUAAAACUGGAAAGUAUCCUCA